AUGUCGUGCAAAGCUGUUAUCAUCUCCCUGGUCGCAGGUGUCGCGGCUCUCGAGCCUUUCGUCCCGCCGAUCGCCGUCCAAGAUGUCAUGCAGGCCAGCCUUCCUGGAGUGAUCGAUAUUCAUUACGAUGUCCCAGCCGGCUUUGAGGCGAGCAAGGGCGCAUCAGACGCCCGAUCUACAUUGUACGGACGCACGUCGUUCUUGAAGAAAGGCACGACUGAUGUAUACUUCGAGAAGCCAGCGUCCGCCGCGACGCUUGAGCAGAGUUACCAAGCCUUGCUCUCUCAGGUGAAGUCCAAUAUCAAAGCGAAGUUCGACGCUAUGACUGGUGCGUCAUUCUUAGCAACCUCUCCGUCUGUCAAUGUGUUUGUGGGAGAAGGAAAGGGCAUGAAUGUCGACAUGGCACGAUUGACCAUGGAUGCCUACGCAUAUGCUGGUGAGCUUAUGGCCGGUGCGCGGGCAAGUUUUUUGGCCGGUGACGACGUGCCGCAUUCUCUUCCGGUGCUGAACAUUGACGUGACAACGCCGGCUUUUGUUUCGUCUGAGGCGACGACACUGUCGCAGGCACAGGCUGCAGCGGUUGCCAAGCUGCAAAGUGAGCUGACUGGCUUGACCCACUAGACAGAUUUACUGAGGGUUUUUUCUACUGCUGACUGAAAGAUGUGAUAGCUCCGAGCUUGAUAAGAAAUUGAAACAAAUACUCUGUGCCUCGAAAGCGAGCCUUUCGUGGUGAAAGCCCGAC